GGAGCUUCACCGGCUGGAGCUGGAGAAGCAGGCUCUACUUACUGCACAGAAGAGAGAAAGAAGAACAUGCCUCUUCAUUCAACAGACAUGAGGACUUCAAGGAUAAGAUCAGAGACAUUCAGAGGGAGUUGGCACAGAAGGAGAGGGAAGCAGCACAGAAUUUCCAGAGCUUGUUGGCACGAGUGGACUCCAUCAGGAGGGAACACCAGCUCCUUGCAGCACACACCGAGCAACUCAGGCAGAGGAAGGCAAGUCACAGCACAACUUAAACUAUCAUUCAAUUCUAUGUCCAGUCCACUAUUUUUGUCCUUUUUUUGACUUAAAGAAAUUUUAUUGCCAGUAACAUUCCUGCAAAGACUGUAUAAAAUCAAACUAGCCUUUAGAAUGUAGAUAUUUAUGUUUUCUGUGAAUCUGAAAAUGUUUUGAGAAUUUAGUGGAUGAGAAAUAGCUAAUUCUACUCCCACUACCAGGCACACUCAAAACCUUCCCUAAUUUCUACAAUGCAUCCUCAAUUUCAGGGAUAAUGGUUUGUAAAAUGUGAAAAGGUGGAAUCAAAUGCAUCUUGGCACUGUAGGAUCAGUAGCCAGAUAACUUCUAAAUCUAUCAUUCAUUCAUUUUUUUUCAGUUUCAGUAUGAGAUGAAUUUGAAGAGUGCAAACCCAAUACUUCACACAUCAGCACCCCAAGACCUAUCUGGCAUUUUUGAUGAUGCAACUUGGAAGGGCCACUUGCCAGCCACCAGCUCACCACUCUCCAAACCACAGCUGCAGCAACCCAUCCUCCCUCCACAUUCUCUCGUGUCACCCAUAGCCUCAUACAACACAGCUUCAACAGGCCACAUGCCAACCCAACCUGUGGACAGAGAUAUGAGAGGAGUGAAUCUAAAGGCAAAUCAGCAACAGCCACAUGUGGUUCCAAUGACCAGUCUAUCCAUGCCUAGUACUGCCAAUCUGACAGAGGAACCCCUGCCUCACAGCCUCAAAACACCAUCACUUACUCAGCUGGGAAGUGUGAUGAAGACCUCAUCCACCUACAACCAGCCAUCUCAUGUGGAUUACAGGAUUCCACGUGAUAAUUCCAGAGACCCUCCACCUCAUGAUGAAAUGGUUUUACAUCCUCAUACCAACAUGACUAAAGCCUCUAUCUACAGUCAGACUCAUCAUCCAGAUUAUAGGAUUCCUCAAGUUUCCAGAGAAGCAUCAACUAUUCUACAAGGUUCCAGAGAGCCAAUGAGUCAUGAUGAAUUAGUUUCUCAAGGUUAUAUGGCCAACACCCCAAUGCCCUCUCUCUCUCUCAGCCACCCCUCUCUUGGGGAUUACGGUAUCCCUCAUGUUUCCAGGGAACCACUAACUCGUGACUUUGCUUCAGUGCCAAAUAAUCAUCAGUCCAACAGCCAACAAAUGAGUCAAGGCAAUAUGACCAGUACCAAAAUAAGCCCCACCCAGCCAUCUCAUGGGGAUUACACGAGUCUUAUUUCCCGAGAACCACAAGCUGACAUGAGAAUGGUAUCGCCAACUCAAAUUAGCACAGCUCAGGCACCCAUGGCAUUUGUCAGUCCACCUCAUCAAGGCCAUGUGAUCGCUAAUGAUCCUGCUAGACAUGUUAUCCUUCAGAGUCACCCACACACUCAGCCUGCUACAAGAGACCCACUAGAAUAUAACAGAAGCAUGAACAUGAAUGCUUCCCAAAUUAAUUCAGAUCCAUUAGUUACUACUAAACCCACAAAAAGUAUUCCCCUUCAUUUUCAGAGUGUUCCAUACUCAAGCAGCACUGACAUGAAUUAUAUGAAUCAACCACACUCAGCCCUUCCACCACAGCAUCCUUCUGAUGCAAGCUCUCUUCCAUCCAAUGGCAACCUCCCUAAAAUGCACACUAACCUUCCUGCUGGCUCAACAGAUGGAGCCUCUAAUUACUCACCAGCUAAAUCUAUACCAGAAAGAGGUUAUGAAUCAGAAUACAUGAGUCCUCGUCUUAAAACUCUCUCACAUGACUCUCUACAUCAUGAAAUGCAACCACCUUCCUCAAAUAAUGUUAUGCAUCCUGAGCUGGAGAGACAGCAUAACAGAGCUACACUUCCUCCAUCUACUGAGAUAUAUAACUCUAAGACAAAUUUACUGGUGAAGAGAGAAAUACCAGAGAAGGAUACUAAUGUUGUGCGAGGAUCCAUGUUAAGACAAGAUCCUGUAGAGGUGCAUGAGGUGCUUAGUACUGUAAGGGAAGGAGAGCAAAGUAACAAAACAAUUGCAGUGCCAAAUGUUGACGACAAACCUACGGAAAUGUUUGGCUCUAGAAGAUACUACGAUGAAGGAACACAAAAUGACAGCCCAGAGAGAAAUGAAACUAAAAGAAAUCAAAACAGUAACCUUCCAGUAUCAAAACCAUAUGAAAACAGUAACAAUCUCUCAGUAUCAGAACCAUAUGCUGCUCCUACCCAUUCACCUAUGGACAGCAGGGAAUACAAUGGAAGAACGUCUACUCCUGAAAGAACCACAAUGCACAACGUCCCAUCAACAAGCACUGGAGCCACAUUAAUAAAAGACAUGCAUGAUUUCAAGUCUCACACAGAACCCUCUCUAUCAUCAGUAAUUCAAACCACAGCCAAUGUACAGCAGGAAAAUGACCAUAAGCCUAGCCAAGUUCAGACAACUGAGGAUACGAGAUCUCUUCCUGAAUUACAGCCGGCUGAAACUACGGCAUACAAUUCUGAAAUGGAUAACAGAAUGACACCCCUUACACAGCAACAAAGUGAAGCUAAACAGGAAGAUGUUGAGUUCUCAGACAAAAAGUGCAGUACUACACAAGACUCUCCUUUCCCUGCACCCACAAAAUACAACAGCCCGGACAGACAGUCCAGCUCUUCCAACAAGUCCCCAUCCUUAGCAACCACAAAAAGCAGUUCUGUCACAAAUGCUUCAGCCCUGCCUUCUGAAAUAAGACAGGAUGAGCUAAAGAAUCCUGACAGGUACUCCAGCUCUUCGAAGGAGUCUCCCCCAUCACCACCCACAAAAAGCAACACCAGACUUACUCCUGCCUUGCCGUCUAAACCACCAGUGCAAAAUGUGGAUGACAGUGACACUGAUUUCUUUGAUCAAAAUAUUAAUGUGACAAAUUCUGCAGCAUACAGAUCCCUAGUGGGUGACAUGAGGAAAGGAUCAGAUGGCACAGACAGUGAGAUAGAUGAAGCUGAAGGACAGGUGUCAGCCAUUAUCUCCAAGCCUCAGACUCCACUAUCAAGACCAACAUUCAAGCCAUUUGCUGCCAGCAUUCCCUCCCUGAGACCUGCCCUGCCCGACACAGACACAGACAGUGUGGACAGCGUGGAGGCAGCCAUACAAGCAGCCAUGAAGAAGAAAGAUCUUGAAGCAGUGGCAGAGUCCCCAAGAGAAACUCCACAGCCUCCACCCUCAUCCUCCCUGAAACAAGAAGCCAAAUCAGAAACAGCCGCUGAGAUGGUCAAGCCUUCGCCAAUCAAGCCUGGAAUAGAUAAAACACCUGGCAAGAAGACGCAGAACACAGCUACUGCUUUACAAAUUAAUCUAGAUUCAGAAUGCGAGUCAUAUGAAGUCAGUGCAGGAGGAGAUGCCUCAGAUGAAGAUGACUUUGAUUUUUAUGACAAAUUCUGAUUAAUAAGCUUUACUUAUUUUAUGUGUGGAGAAGACUGGCUCAGGCUUCCCUUCUCCCUGCUGACACCUAAUUCAAAUAUUGAGGGUUAAGCACCAGCUCAAAUAUCCUAUGCAUUAGAAUUCAGAAAAAGAAAAGGCAGAAAUUAAGAAAAUAUAUGCUGAAUUGCUCUUUCCCCCAAAAAAUAUACCAAUAAAAACAAUUGCCAAAUGUAUAGGCCAAAUUAAAUUAGUUUGAAAGAUGUCGUUCUCUCUUGAGACAUAUAGGAAGAUAGAUGUUGAUGCCUGUGUGCUUUACUUAAAAUGAGCUAGUGCAAUUCAGUGGCAGCUUUAGUAUGCAGUAUAUCCCAUGUAGCAACUCAAAUAUUGCAGUUUGUAUUGUAAAUGUCUGUGCAAUAAGUAAUGUUUAUUGUAUAGCUAAAGCUUACCUGUGAAAUAUUAAAUAACCAGUUGCAUGUUAGUGCAUACCAUUCACUUCUGUUAUGUGCUUUGGCUAUGCUGCAUUCCUUAAAUUGUGAUAAUUUGUAAGAUUAUGAAUGAAAA